UCGCGCGUUAUCUCAAAGUCUUCAACUUCUGCUACCAACGGCCUUUUUUUUUUUUCGCGGAUCUGCUGGUCCCCUGAAAUUCUACUUAGUAACAUCUCUUUUUAUUCCCCCCUUGCAUUAGGUAUACAUUAGGUACCUAGGUACAUACCCCUACCUACCUCACAUACGAUGGACAAGCUACGACCGCUCGGACGCGGCAUCGACGAUGUGCUACUGCCGACUUUCGCCGCCUACGCGCCCCUCGUCCUCGCGAAGGAAGCCGAGAUCAAGUCGACGCGGCGCGAGACGCACAAGUACGGCACCAUGCCGCGCCACCAGUUGGACGUCUACUAUCCGGGCCAGGGCAAGCCGGCCCCGCGGCAGUUCCGCGCGCAGCCCGUGUUCGUCUUCUUCUACGGCGGCGGGUUCGUGGGCGGGAACAAGGUAAACGAGGAGUACGCCCACGGGCUGGUGUUUCGGAACGUCGGGCAUUUCUUUGCUUCGCGGUACGGCUUCACUGUUGUCGUCCCGGAUUACCGCCUCGUUUCUCACGGCGCGAAGUACCCCUCCGGCGGCGAGGAUGUCAAGCUCGUCGUGGACUGGGUCUCGAAAGAGCUCGCCAAGAAGGACGGGUACGAGUCGAUUGAUCUGUUCCUGCUGGGUAACUCCGCCGGGGGCAUCCACGUCACGACGUACCUCCUGGACCCCGUGUUCAAAGAGUCUAGGGAGGCGGUUCUGUCUGAGGAGAGGAAGGGUCCGGGUGUGUUGCUGCGGGGGGUAAUACUGCUCGGCGUGCCAUUCCACUGGGGCGGCGACGACAAUGCCAUCCUGCGAACCUACUUGGGAGAGGGUAAAAUCUGGGAGAACUCAUCGAUGGGCACCCUCGAGAGGGAGAAAAAAAGGGGAUCCGAGCCGGUUUUGCCCGGCGUCAAGAUCAACAUCCUUGUCAGCGAAUUAGACCCCGAGCUCAUGCCUGAGUCGGCGCAGCAGUUUAGAAAGGAGUGGACGAAAGCUGAUAUCAUCUACGACGUCCUAGAUGGGCAUAACCAUAUUAGUCCCCAGUUGGGCCUGAGCACGGGGGUCGAGAAGGAGGAGGCUUGGGGAGUACAAGUUGCUGAGUUCUGCCAGUCACGCGCUACUAAAUAAGAAACUGUCACACUUUGGUCUCGAGUGUAAAAUAGGUAUGUACCUAAGGUACCUGUAUUGGAAACCUUACGUCGUCUAUUUGCGUGUUUCAUUCUUUCCUUUACUGCGAAAUUGAGACGGAUUCACCAACAGAGCCGCUUAUGCUUUUCUGCUGCGCUGUGCUUGAGUUACUCACUCCUUAACCACAAAGUGGUGAAGGCUACCAUUUCCACUCGGAUCUUCCCUCUGUACCUCACCUAUAUCCCCCCUCCGCAUCUCAACGUUCGCUAAGACGACGUCCCCUGUCACGAUGAAGAUCUCCGGGCCGUGAACGCUGCAGUUUUUCACGUCGUCGAUGAGGACGCCCAACCGCGGCCGUUUUUCGUUUACCAUCCCCGAGUGUACUAAGAAGCGGUAUUUUCACACGUAAUACGUAUAUUAUGGAUUCGUGGCAAUAUUCGACUUGGCAUGAUAAUAGCGUCUAUUCUCGUAUAAAAGAAUCAACUACAAAAGCUGGUAUAUUAUGAAAAGCACAACCAUAACUCCACGAUUAUGAAUAGGUACAUAUCUGGUACUCAUCGCCUCUUGAACUUCUGGGUUUGCCUGGGCUGGCUGCCGUACGCUCUUCUUCCCUGAGUCUUCUUAUCUCUGCUCAUGCUCGCACCUAAUGUAAGGUCAAUUC